CAAAUAAUAUCUACUCAUCAGGUCAGUGCUAGAGAUUAGAGAACCUCAUCGCGCUACCUAGCUAUCCAAUCCCCUACUAGCAUUAGCAGAUCGAGUUGCCAACAAGCAUGGCAACCAUAUCUGGGAUCAGCAGCAGCAACAUCACAAGCCGCAGAGUGUUGGGCAAGGCAUCAGACUCGCAAAACGGGCAAGCUCCAUGCCGCCUAAACAACCCCCUUUGGCUUUGGAAGAGGCCCAAACAAUUCCGCCCAGUGGCUGCCGCACCUGAUAAACUCUCAGAUAAAGUAGCGGAGAGCGUGAAAAAUGCAGAGCAAACAUGCGCGGAGGACCCAGCUAGCGGAGAGUGCGUGGCAGCUUGGGAUGAGGUGGAGGAGCUCAGCGCUGCUGCAAGCCACGCCAGGGACAGGCAAAAGGCUAACUCAGAUCCUUUGGAGAAUUACUGCAAGGAUAACCCCGAGACCGACGAGUGCCGCACCUAUGAUAAUUAAUUAAAUUAGAUCCCCCCUUCCCUAUUGCUUGCUUUCCACUUUUAUCUGUUGCGUUGCGUUGCGUUGCUGGAAUGCUGGCUGGAUAGAUAUACCCUUCCUUAUUAUGAACUACUACUACUACUUGAUCUAUCCUUGAAUAAUUGUUACUCCAUAUCGUAUGAUUUCUCAUGGGUGUGAUUUCAGUUGUUCUUCCA